AGCAUUGGGUUUGUCGUUUCCCUUAACAUAGAACUUGUUCAACCCUGCCACUAAAGUGGUGAGGGAGCGAGAAAGCAGCGUUUGGGUAUCCAUCGUUUCAGAGCGCAAACUCGGUUUGAAAAGAAAAUGGUGUAUGGAGCAUUGUGCGCCCAUGCGCACAAAUUCCCACUCGCUUACCGUGCCCUUAACCUCAACCUCUGUCGUCAACAUGCCACGCGCCUUCACUUCCACACUCGCUCUUUGCUCCUUUCUCACCUUUCCAACUUCAAUCAGUCCGCCACCCCCUUCAAACCCUCUCUCAUCCGCAUCCGCAAUUCCCGCCUCUUUUCCCUCUCCGAGGGCGGCUCAGGCGGAAACGGUGCUCGUGGGGGCGGGGGCUCCAACGGUCCGAAUUCCGGUGGCCCUGGUGGUUCGAAUUUCGGCGGCGGCGGCAGCAGCGAUGGAGGAGAAAAGUGGUCCUUGUUGUCAUGGUACUUGGCUCUUCUUGAAAAAUACCCUGUUGCGGUGAAAGCUCUAACUUGUGCACUUUUGAAUCUAGGUGGUGAUUUGAUUUGCCAGCUUGCAAUAGAUCAAGUGCAGUCACUGGACUUGAAGAGGACAUUUGUCUUCAGUUUUCUCGGUUUUGCUUUAGUGGGUCCAACACUACAUUUUUGGUAUUUGUAUCUGAGUAAAUUGGUUACACUUCCUGGAGCAUCAGGCGCACUUUUGCGGCUUGGACUUGAUCAGUUCUUAUUUUCUCCCAUAUUCAUCGGAGUUUUCUUAGCUACAUUAGUGACCCUUGAGGGAAAUCCAUCACAAGCUGUACCCAAGCUAAAACAGGAGUGGUUCUCUGCAGUUCAAGCAAACUGGAAACUAUGGAUACCUUUUCAAUUUCUCAAUUUCAGAUUUGUUCCACAACAAUUUCAGGUCCUUGCUGCUAAUGUUAUUGCUUUGGCUUGGAAUGUCAUUCUCUCAUUUAAGGCACACAAAGAGGUUCUUCCAAAAUAGCUUGGUAGAGCGUGCACAAUGCUGUUGUAACUGCAUAAUAGUUGACAAUAUUAAUCAGUUUUAUGUCCGUUGGUCAUUCUUCAGACAGAGGUUGAAAGGAAGCGGCAUGAGCUAUAUGUUAGUUUUAAAUGUUUUGGUAAUUUACUUGAAUAUGAAGACUUGCACUUGUAUAAACUCGUGGAAUUGUUGUUUUGGUCAUAAAAAAGUUUCUUGUUUGUUUUCACUGUA